AGUAUAAAAGCCAUCCGCUUCUGCAUUUCAUUCAUGUUAUUUAAUAUAUUGUACGUGUGAUACUUUCUGUGGGAAAGUUUCAUAUAACAUUUAUUCAAGCAUUUAUGUCAAAAUGUUGGCCAUAAAUACGGCGAACGUUAUAAAUUUGUUAAUUACAACGUUUCACAUUGCAAAUCUCGCUGUCACUCCUGUUAAUCAUCGUGAAGUAGAACUCCACGAUGCAAUUUCAAAUUUAAUAAGGGAUUCUCUAAAAGACGAUAUUACGAUUGAAUAUGAUUGGGGACUUGAUUUUGAUGAUCCAUCGGAACCUCAAGCUGUACAGUUUGUAGAUUCGUAUGAUCCUCAUGCUGAAGAAGAUAACUAUGAAAAUGAAGUUUGUAUUGUAGAUGACGAAGGUGGAAGUGUAGAUUUAAAUUAUAAAAGAAAAGCGGUUGAAUAUUGGAACAGUGGAAAAAAAAGACGUUUAUCCGUUUCUGUUGUACAGAAUUGUUUUAGAAAGGUAAAACAUGUUUCGCAAUUGUACAGAUGGCAGGAGUAUAUAAUGCGUGGAGGGACAAACAGAGACAAAUUGAUAUUCAUUGCCGAAUAUGUAUUAAUAAAAUUUCAAGAAACUAUUGAUAGAGGAUCUAUUAUUCAUGACAUCGAUUUGCGAAGGUGGACGCUAGAAGCAAAGGAGCAAGUGAAUUUUGCUACAUUUAAAGCAGGACAUUGGUGGAUAUGGAAUUUUAAAAAAAUUCAUCGCAUCACAUCACGUAAAAUAACGAAAUUUAAAACGCAAUCUAAUUUACAAGCUGAUGCACUGAUACAUCAAAAUGCAGAAGAAUUUGUGACAAAUGUAAAACCACAUAUUGCUAUAACUGGUGAAGGAUCAACUUAUAAUGCAGAUAAAAGCGGUUUUAAUCUAGAAAUACAUUCUAGAAGAACAUUAACUAAUAUGGGAGUAAAGACAGUCGAUUCUACUGUUCAAUCUUUAUCUUCUAUAAGUCAUAGUUAUACUAUUAUGCCAAUUAUAUCUGCGAACGGGUAUCUUCUUUCGCCUCUAUAUAUCUUAAAAGAAACUACUGGGUCGUUUGAACCACGAGUAGAAGAAACUCUUUUUCGACCUGCUAAUGUUUACAUUGCGACUUCAAAAUCCGGAAAGCUCACAACCCAACACUUUACAAAUUGGUUUUUAGAGGUAUAUCUUCCGAAUACUAAAGAGAAAAGUUUGCUGUUGCUAGAUUCAUGGACAGGCCAUUGCCCGGAACAGUUAAUCACCUUUAAAAAAAGGUAAAAAAAGGCGACCA